CUGCAAUUCAACAACACUAUGGAAACCUGAUCCAGCUCUACAGAUGUGAAGAAAGCGGAUGGAAAGAGAGGAAUCCCACACCCCUGCACCCACGUGUUCGCGUAAAGGGCUAACGCUGGCCUGACGGAGGGGCUUUUCUCAAUACCAAGCCUCUAGUCUACCUCACUCUGGUAUAGCCUACCUUUCAGCAUCAAUCCUUCUUUACACAUUUUCUUGUAAUUUCAUUCCUUGAAUCUCUCAUCGAACUUGCCAAGAUGCCGUCGAUAGGCAACCUCAUCUACUACAGCGCCGUCGUAGCCUGGUCCGCCGCAAUCUACCAAUUCCUCAUCAAAGACAUUCUGACCGUCAGCAUCGGGCUAGGUCGCGUGAUCCAAAGCAUCGAUGAGUUCCCCUACUCAUGUCAACGUAUCGAGCAUCCGCAACUAGAAGCCUGUGAGGAUCUAUGGCUCGAUCAGCAAGAAAGAGUUCUGUACGCAGCAUGCGCCGGCACCAAAAGCCGGAUGGCCUGGAGCCCCGUGAUUUCGAGACUCGACGCAUCAGGCCGCAGACCAUCUGGCUCGGAGAUUAUUGCAUUGGACAUUGACUCUAUCGCUCCCAAUGGAUUCUUCUCCCACCGGACUAUCGUACCCCGAGGUUCCUUUGGUGCACGAGGCGAUGCGGUUCUCGACACCGUAGGCUUCACCAGCGAAGUCAUCGACGACUCAACAAUCCAUUUCUACUUCCCCAACGUCGCGCCCUACCACGGAACCUACUUCGAAGCCAAAGAGCUAGGUGCGAAUGCCACCGUAGAAGUCUUCGAAUUUAAGCGAGGCAACGACGAAAUGAAGCACUUGCGCACCAUCCAAUCACCCGCCGUGUGGUCACCCAACCGUCCAGCUGCCGUCGGAGGCGGCGCAUUCCUUGUCAGUAACGACCACGGCGUUAAAGUUGGGUGGCGCAAGCAGCUUGAACCCAUCAUCGGCGGCGGAACGGUCGCGUAUUGCUCCUACACCGGGAAAUGCCACUCCGCAACCCUGCCGCCCGGCAUCGAUAUCCGGAAGAAUCUCAAGUUCCCCAACGGUCUAGCGAAGGGAAAGGAUGGACUGAUCUACGUACCCAGCUCUGCAGACGGAACAGUCAAGGUGUUCACGCUGCAACCGAACCAGACGCUAACCCAGCUCCACACCAUCCGCGUUGGCAUGCCGCUUGACAACGUGUCUCCCGAUGCACGAGGCGAUUUGUGGGUAUCGGGGUUUCCAGAUGUGCGACAGACUAUGAAGGCUAUGGCGGAUCCUUAUCAACAUGUGAGUCCUGCAACGGUGUUUAGGAUCAGGAAGGUGAAAGGUGGGAGAGAAGAUAGCAAGCUGGAGUAUGAGGUGAAGAAGAUGAUUGAGGAUAAGGAAGGGGCUAUUAUUAGUGGAGCUACGACUGUUGUGCAUGAUGUUAAGAGCGGGAGAUUGUUCCUUGGUGCGGCAGCCAGUCCUUUUAUUGUAGUGUGUGAGCCACGAUGAUGGGCGCAAGAUGAUAUUCAC